UUCAAUAUAACUUUAAUGAAAAUAAUAAUUUAAAAUAAUUAUGCAAAAUGCAAAAUGUCAAUUAAAUUUUAUUAUAAAUUUUAAUCCCUUUUUCAAUUGAUAUAUUAUUAAAUUUAAGAAAAGAUUCAUUAUAAUUCAAAAUUAAAUAUGUUAUUUCAAAUAUAAAAAAAUUAUGGAUAAAAAAGAAUAUAAAAAAUAUAAACAAAGAAUUGCUCAAACUGAAGCUAAAAUUGACAAUAAAGCUCCACCAUUUCAUGUGGCUUAUUAUUAUGAUAAACAUAAUAUGAGAAGUGAUUUAACUCGAAUACGAGAAAUAGAUAGAGAAAAUAUGACAUUAUUAAGACGAAUAAACAUAAUUGUCAGAUUUGGAGGAAAUAUUGAUUGUUGGUUACCGAAAAUAAUAUAUAGGCCAAAAUUUUAUGAACAACAAAAAGCAGAAAAUAAAAAAAUCAAGACACAAAAUAAAAAUAUAUUACAAAAAAUUCAGAAUGCAACUAGUAAAUAUUCUACUGUAGAAUUUAUACAAAGUUGGAAGGAAAUGCAAAAGAAAAUGGAAAUAAAAAAAAAAAGGCAAAUUUUCUUAAACGUUUAGCUAUAUUAAUGUACCAUGAAAUAAUAUUUCUUAUAUGAAUUUUAUAGAUAUGAACAUAAACCUUUAGUAAAAGUUAUUGGAUUGCAGUUAAUUCCAGAUCAUUGUAUGGUUAAAGAUUUAUCGUUACUAAAAGAAAUGAAUCCGUCUAUUCGAACCAAAUGUUUUUUUGAAAUUGAAAUUAAAGGAGAUCAAAAAUUAGGAUGUAUUCAAUUCGAACUUUAUAACGAUAUUGUACCUCAAACAUGUAAAAAUUUUGCAGAAUUAUGUCGUGGAUUUAAUGGUUUAUCAUAUAAGAAUACACCAUUUCACCGAAUUGUUUCUGGUUAUUGGUGUCAAGGUGGAGAUGUUACAAAAUUUAACGGAAGUGGAGGAAUUUCCAUAUAUGGCGAUUUUUUCGAAAAUGAGAAUUAUAAUUUACAUCAUGCUGGUCCUGGAAUUUUAUCCAUGUGUAAUGAGAAUGAGAAUAAAAGUAAUUCCAAAUUUAAUCUUACUUUUAAACGGUUAGAGACUGUAAACGAAAAAAAUGUAGUUUUUGGAAAAGUUAUUGCAGGUCUUUCAAAUAUUUAUAAGAUCGAAGAAUUUGGAACAAAAACGGGAAAACCAUUUAAAACAAUAAUUGUAUCUAAUUGUGGUAUUAUAUAAAGAAAUAAAAAUCAUAGAUAAAAUCAAGUAAAAACAUAAAAAAUAAAAUCAAUUAUUAAAUCACACAUAUGUAUAUAAAUAUUAUAAUAAUGUAUAUAAACAUUAAAGUAUUAUAUAAACAUUUCUUUAAUGAAUGUGUCACAAUUUAAUAUUAAAUUUUUAAAUUUAAUAUAGUUUAAUUUUUUUAUCACAAGAUCAGUUAAUUCUUUUAAUGCAUUUAAUUAUUUAUAUUAACUUUAUAAAUAUGCAUAUUAACUUUAUAAAUAUAUAUAUAUAUAUAUAGUGAUUUAUAUAUUAAAAAAAAAAUAUAGGUAAAUAUUUGAUAAUAAACUAUAUUUUAUUAUAUUUUUUGCAAUAAUCUCUAUUUUUUAUUAUUCAUAUACAAUUAUCAUCAAUUAUUUUAUGUAUAUAUUACAUAUAUCCUAUAUAUUCUAAUUUAUUCAUAAGGCACUUAAAAAUUGAUGAAAUAAAUCUUCUUAUUUAUAUAGAUAUAUUAAAAUAAUUAUAUAUGAUUAAAACAAAAAAGAUAUAAAUACAAUUAAAAUAAAAUAAUGUUAGCAAUAAAGAUAUAUAUAAUGCAAUAGAAAUUAUUUUAUAUCUAAUUAACCACAGACCAUUAUAUAAUUUAUAUUUUUAAGCUGGUAUUCUUUUAGGAUUUAAAUCAUACAUUCGACGCAUACGUUUUUUUAAUUCUUGUGGAAAUUUAUCAUAGCACUUUUUACAUGCCGGUUUUAAAUCGAAUUCAAAAAACUUAGUUUUCUGAUUCAUUUUCUGAUCACAAAAAGCACAUGCAAAAUGAUGAACGCACCAUGCUUUGUUCAAAGCUGUAAAAACUGAAAAAUUCGAAAUAUAUUAUAUAUUUUUUUAUUAUUUAAAUUAUAUUUAUCAUAUUUUCAAUAUUUUCAAUUCGAAAAAUUGAAAUAAAUUUAUAAUAUACUUGCCAUCACCAGAAAUUACUUGAUUACAUACAAAACAUAAAUUGCCAAAAAGUUGAUGAUAAUGUGUUUCACAAUAAGCUAAACCUUUCUUCUCAUAGUGACGAUGACCUAAAAAUGGCUUUUCACAUUUUGCACAAACAAAAUGUUCAACAUGCCAAUGUUUGCCUAAAGCAGUUACUACUCGUUCCUCAAUUGGACGUCGACAUGCACCACAAAUUGGAAUUCCCAUUUUAUCAUGACAUCUCAAACAGUAUAAUUCAUUCUAAAAAUGUUAUUAAAUAUACAUCAAUAUGUUAUAAAAAAUAUUAUUUUAAAAUAAUAUAAUUAUAAAUAUGUACCAUUUCAUUUGCAGCAUAUCCUGGUCUAGAAUUAACUUCUCUAGCAUCUGAAUUAAGUUCUAUACCACAAGCAGUACAAUUAAAAUGAUAAGGAUGAUAAAGUUCUCCACGAAAACGAAGAGGUUUGUCAUCAAUUACACCACUAAAAAUUAUAUAUUAUAAAUAUUUAAAAAAUAUAUUUUGCUUGCAUAAUUUUUAAAUUCAAUUAUGUAAAUAAAAUUAAAAUUCAUACUGGCA